CUUAUGUCAGAGUGUUUCUACAGAGGCGAACAUUUAGUUAUCUUGGGACCGCCGCACUCACAGUCUAGUUUUAAAAGUAGAAGAAAGGACCACAUUUGGAUGUUUUUUUUUUCCUUCUUACUUUUUUAAGAAUCCAAGGGAUAUAUUAAUUGGAUAAUUCUGCGUCGCGGUUGCGGGAUACUUUUCCAUUCACAUUAAUUUAACACCAAAACAUAAAAAAUGCCUCGAUCAUUUUUGGUAAAGAAAUAUUUUGCCAAACAAAAGCCGAAUUACAGUGAAUUGGAAUGUUACAAUGAACUCUCUUUGGAGCGGUACCCUCUGGCGGAGCUCGCACCCGGGGACAACAUGGCCACCUGCUUCACCGCCAGCCUAGUGUGGGACCUGAGCGUGCUGCCGGCCCUCUACCUGCCCGCCUCCUCCCUGGAGCCCUCACCCGCCGUGGGGCCCCUGGACCUCAGCUCCCCCUCUAGCCUCAGCAGCAGCGCCAGUAGCAGCGGAGAAGAGGACGAGGGGAGAACCUCCGACCCCCCCAGCCCCGAGCCCGCGCACACGCACAAACACACGUACGGCCCCCGGCAGCGCAUGAAGUGCACGGGAGUCAAGAGCCUGGCCGUCUCGUCUCCCCGAGAGGAAGAGGUGGAGGAGGAGCGGGAGGCUGCGGCGUCACCCCUGGCGACCAGACCGGCCUUCCUCUGCAAACAUUGCCCCAAAGAGUACACCAGCCUGGGGGCCCUGAAGAUGCACAUCCGCUCGCACACCCUGCCCUGCGUGUGCACCACGUGUGGCAAGGCCUUCUCCAGGCCCUGGCUGCUUCGCGGCCACAUCCGCACGCACACAGGUGAGCGCCCGUUCUCCUGCCCACACUGCAACCGAGCGUUCGCCGACCGCUCCAACCUGCGCGCCCACCUGCAGACGCACGCCGAAGUGAAGAAGUACCAGUGCGGCGUGUGCUCUCGCACCUUCAGCCGCAUGUCCCUGCUGCAGAAACACAGCUCCUCCGGCUGCUGCUCCAGCUCCGCCACGGGCUGAGGGCCGGGGGGGGGGGGGGAGAGGCCCUCUCCCCUGGAGGGGGGAAUGGAGGGACCUGUGUGAAGGCCUUCAGGCCUAGUGGAAGGCUGAACGCAGCCCGGAGGACCACCAGCAGGGUCGUCAGAGCAUGACUCGCGGUGCUCAGGGUUCAUUUGGAGAGGACGGCCAACGUACCGUGACAAGCCAAAGGCUGCGGCCGGGAUUUGGAUCGCGGAAAAAAAGGAACAGAUACAAUAUCUUGUUUAUGAACUUUGGACUUCUUUCAUUUUUUUUUUUUCUUCAUACUUUAUGGGCUGCUGGAUCAGUGCUGAGUUGAGAGAUUCUGCUCAGGUGCGGGCCCUCUUUGACGGGCCACUUCUUAAACAGACCAAAUAAGUUAAAGCAUCAGAAGGGCUAGGUGGCAGGCCAGCUCAGGACCAGGAUCUAGUCCGACCUGCCCAGAGUGACGGGGGGGAGU